AUGAAACAAGCGAUAGGCGUUGCUCUAUGGCUGAGCUCUCUCGCAACUGUGAGUGGUGACUCGAUUGUCAAGUCCACGUACACGGGCUCGAGUGGACUUCACGACAUGGCCAAGGCUACUGGAAAGUACAUGGGCACAUCCGUAGAUCAAGACAUUAAGGACUCUGCUGCCCUGAAAGUUCUGAACAAUGGCAAAGAUUUUGGCAUGGUCACUCCUGCUAACGCCAUGAAAUGGGACGCCACCGAGUACACGCAGAACACUUUUAAAUUUGAUUCGGGCGAUGCAAUCGUGGCGCUCGCCAAAGACAUGGGCGCCAAAGUUCACUGCCACGCUUUACAAUGGCAUUCGCAGACUCCUCAGUGGCUUCAGACCCUGAGCAAGAAAGAGAUGCUAAGUGCCCUCGAGAACCACAUCACAAAAGUCAUGACGCACUUCAAUGACUCUUGUCACCACUGGGAUGUCGCUAACGAGGUCAUGGGUGACAACGGGCAAAUGCGCGAUACGUUUUGGUACAAGACGACUGGUAUGGAGUUCUUGACGACGGCAUUUAAGACCGCCAACCUCGUCAAAAAGUCGCUCGGCCUAAAGACAAAGCUGUACUACAACGACUACAACACAAACACGAUCAAUGACAAGUCCACUGCCGUGCUGAAAAUGGUAAAGCAACUGCUGGAUGAUGGUAUUGCUGUCGAUGGCGUUGGCUUCCAGUCACACUUGGGAUUUGCGGACAAGUUCUCUACUGCUGACCAAGUGGCGAACUUCGAGCGCUUUACUGCACUAGGACUGGACAUCGCCAUCACCGAGCUGGACGUGACAGCAAGUUCGGCCUCACCGUCUGCGGAAGAGCAAGCCCAACAGACCGAUGUCUACAAAAACACUGUCGCGGCAUGCAAGCAGGUGAAGCGAUGCGUUGGCGUGACAAUUUGGGGCCAUUCGGACAACCAUUCGUGGCGCAGCGCCAAAGCUCCACUGCCAUGGUACCAGCCAGGUGGCGUGAACACGUCAAUGGUGCGCAAGUCUUUGUACGAUGGCAUCGUUGCUGGAUGGGGCGGUGCUGACAACUCUCGCGGCGGUAUGCGAAUUCCAACAAGCACGCACAAUAACAUCUGGGGGUUUGGAGCGGCUUCUGAGAACAACUCGGGAAAGGUGGCACCUGCGAAAGGCAACAACGAUACGUAG